AUGUUAGAAAUGAAAGUUUUGUUAAUUGUUAGUCUAUUCUUUACUCUUGGAAGUUGUAUUGAGUUACGUUUACCCCUUUUAAACGAAGAUUCAAAAUUUUUUACAGUUAAUAAGGUGUACGUACAAGAUUUUGAUGAACAAGAUAACGAAAGCCAAUGUUAUGGAGUAACCUUCUAUGAAGCUAAAGAUGAAGACGUUAUCAGGGAAGUAUAUUAUCACGGGGUCUUGAUAUUUUCUAAUUUUUCUGAGUUUGAUGAAAGUUAUUAUAGUUACCUGAAUUAUGGCUAUCCCAGUGAUAGAAGUGAUGAUAGUAGUAGUGAUGGAGAGUUUGAAGAUGGGAUUAGUCAACUUGUUGGUACUAGUCAAAAUAAUCAAUCCUAUCAAAAUGAUACUCAAACUAAUAUAAAAAAAGAAUCAAUUGAUGAAACUAAUAUAAAAAAAGAAUCGAUUGAUGGCAACCAACUUCAUGAAUCAAGUGGUGAAAACAAUAAAGAAUCAACUUCUGGCGUUAAAUUUAGAAGAGUUGUAACUAAUAUGGAAUUAAAAACACAAGUUAUAUUAUGUAUUUAUAUAUUAAUUUGGCAAGCAGAUGAAUACUAUGAAAAGGUUGAAAAAAUUUUCGCCAUCACUGAUGAUCUUAUAAGAGCCAUAGGGGAUCAAGAACUUUAUGUGAGUUUACAAUAUGAAAAUGCAGAGGAUACCAUAAGAAUUAUCAGGAACAUUAUGAAAAGAAAACCGAUAAGGUUAAUGAGCUAUGAAGAUCUGGAUCAAGUGGAUGAUGUGCCCUACCUAGUAAAGGGUCGAAAUAUAUCGCCAAGGCAGAUUAGAAAAGAAGUGGACCAAAUUUUGAAUAAUCCGAAUAUUAGUGAACAAGAUCUAAUGGAUGCAGGCCCCAGUGGACUGUCGGAGUUUAGGUUGUAUUACCCUAAUGCUGAGUCAGAUUCAGACUAAAAGGAUCUAACAAUUAAUGUCAUCUAUAUUUG